CCUGUGGCCGGUGGGGUGGCGGGGCCAUCCGUGAAGGUGGCGGUGCGGGUCCGGCCCUUCAACUCCCGGGAGAUGAGCCGGGAGUCUAAAUGCAUUAUCCAGAUGUCGGGAAGCACAACCACUAUCCUGAACCCAAAGCAGCCCAAAGAGACUCCAAAAAGCUUCAGCUUUGACUACUCCUACUGGUCCCACACCACGCCCUCAGACAUCAACUAUGCAUCUCAGAAGCAAGUGUACCGGGACAUUGGGGAGGAGAUGUUGCAACAUGCCUUUGAAGGCUACAAUGUCUGCAUCUUUGCCUACGGGCAGACGGGCGCUGGCAAGUCCUACACCAUGAUGGGGAAGCAGGAGAAGGACCAGCAAGGCAUCAUCCCACAGCUGUGUGAGGAUCUCUUCUCCCGCAUCAACGACACGACGAAUGACAACAUGUCCUACUCUGUGGAGGUGAGCUACAUGGAGAUAUACUGUGAGCGUGUGAGGGACCUCCUGAACCCCAAGAACAAGGGGAAUCUGCGGGUCAGGGAGCAUCCCCUUAUGGGCCCAUAUGUUGAGGACCUUUCCAAGCUGGCUGUGACCUCCUACAAUGACAUCCAAGACCUCAUGGACUCUGGAAACAAGGCCCGCACAGUGGCUGCCACCAACAUGAACGAGACCAGCAGCCGCUCCCACGCCGUGUUCAACAUCAUCUUCACGCAGAAGCGGCACGAUGCUGAGACAGACAUCACCACUGAGAAGGUCAGCAAAAUCAGCCUGGUGGACCUGGCAGGGAGCGAGCGAGCUGACUCCACUGGUGCAAAGGGCACAAGACUAAAGGAAGGAGCAAACAUCAACAAGUCCUUGACCACACUGGGGAAAGUCAUCUCUGCCCUGGCUGAAAUGGAUUCGGGGCCAAACAAGAACAAAAAGAAGAAGAAGACUGAUUUCAUCCCCUACCGGGACUCGGUGCUGACCUGGCUGCUGCGGGAGAAUCUGGGGGGCAACUCCAGGACAGCCAUGGUCGCUGCUCUCAGUCCUGCUGACAUAAACUACGAUGAGACCCUCAGCACCCUCAGGUACGCUGACCGUGCCAAGCAGAUCCGCUGCAACGCUGUCAUCAAUGAGGACCCCAACAACAAGCUCAUCCGGGAGCUGAAGGACGAGGUGGCCCGUCUGCGUGACCUUCUCUAUGCCCAGGGCCUUGGGGACAUCAUUGACACCCAUCCUGCUGCAGGAGGAUCCAAAUUGACCAAUGCCAUCGCUGGGAUCAGUCCCUCUUCCUCCCUGUCAGCCCUGUCCAGCCGUGCUGCCUCUGUCACCAGCCUCCACGAGCGUAUCAUGUUUGCUCCGGGCAGCGAAGAGGCCAUCGAGAGGCUCAAGGAAACUGAGAAGAUCAUUGCAGAGCUGAACGAGACGUGGGAGGAGAAGCUGCGGAGGACAGAAGCGAUCCGGAUGGAGAGGGAAGCAUUGCUGGCUGAAAUGGGGGUGGCCAUGAGGGAGGAUGGAGGCACCUUGGGUGUUUUCUCUCCUAAAAAGACACCCCACUUGGUCAACCUGAAUGAGGACCCGCUCAUGUCUGAGUGUCUUCUCUACUACAUCAAGGAUGGGAUAACAAGGGUUGGCCGGGAAGAUGCAGAGAAGAGGCAGGACAUUGUUCUCAGUGGGCACUUCAUUAAGGAAGAGCACUGCCUUUUCCGCAGUGACACCAAAACCGGUGGUGAAGUGAUAGUGACCCUGGAGCCCUGUGAGGGUGCUGACACCUACGUGAAUGGCAAGAAGGUGACAGAGCCCAGCAUCUUGCGCUCAGGAAACCGCAUCAUCAUGGGGAAGAGCCACGUCUUCCGCUUCAACCACCCCGAGCAGGCUCGGCAGGAGCGGGAGAGGACCCCGUGUGCCGAGACCCCUGCGGAGCCUGUGGACUGGGCUUUUGCCCAGAGGGAGCUGCUGGAGAAGCAAGGCAUUGACAUGAAGCAGGAGAUGGAGCAGCGGCUCCAGGAGCUGGAGGACCAGUACCGGAGGGAGCGGGAGGAGGCAAAUUACCUUCUCGAGCAGCAGAGGCUGGACUAUGAGAGCAAACUGGAGGCUCUCCAGAAGCAGAUGGACUCUAGGUAUUACCCUGAGGCAAAUGAGGAAGAAGAUGAGCCUGAAGAUGAAGUGCAGUGGACGGAGCGGGAGUUUGAGCUGGCUCUCUGGGCCUUUAGGAAGUGGAAGUGGUACCAGUUCACCUCCCUCCGUGACCUGCUCUGGGGCAAUGCCAUCUUCCUCAAGGAAGCCAACGCCAUCAGUGUGGAGCUGAAGAAGAAGGUCCAGUUCCAGUUCGUGCUCCUCACAGACACACUCUACUCACCUCUCCCUCCUGACCUGCUGCCUCCUGAUGCUGCCAAGGACCGGGAGAAGCGACCAUUCCCCCGGACCAUCGUGGCCGUAGAGGUGCAGGACCAGAAGAACGGGGCUACCCAUUACUGGACCCUGGAGAAGCUGAGGCAGCGCCUGGACCUGAUGCGAGAGAUGUACGACCGUGCAGCAGAAGUGCCUUCCAGCGUCAUUGAGGACUGCGACAACGUGGUGACGGGCGGAGACCCUUUCUAUGACCGCUUCCCCUGGUUCAGGCUGGUGGGCAGUUCAGAUAUCUCUGGCUGCAACAGCUCUCCUCUUUUCAACACAUGCAUGAGCGAGCGCAUGGCUGAUCUCACCCCCUCCCCUACCUUCUCGAACCCCGACUCCGACAUCACCGAGCCUGCUGACGAGCAGCACCAGGGGCAGGAGGAGGAGGAGGAGGAGGCGGAGGACCUGGAGGAAGACAUCUUUCCGGAGUGCCCGCUGUGUGAUGGCCGGGAUCCGUUUUACGACCGCUCCCCCCUGUUCAGUUUAGUAGGAAGGGCCUUCGUCUACCUGAGCAACCUCCUGUACCCCGUGCCCCUGGUCCACCGCGUGGCCAUCGUCAGCGAGAAGGGUGAAGUGAAGGGCUUCCUGCGUGUGGCUGUCCAGGCCAUCUCAGGUAGGAGGAGAACCCCUCUAAAAUGUGGUGGUGCCAGUGCAAACGGGACCACCUGUGAUCACCAGCAUCCCUGAACCCUGCUCCUGGUGCAGUUCCAGUCGGAGUCGUGCCCAGCUGUGGGGAUGUCACGCUCAGGGACCUCCCAGGAGGAGCUGCGCAUCGUGGAGGGCCAGGGGCAGGCGAGCGACACGGGUCCCUCUGCUGAUGAAGUCAACAACAAUACCUGUGCAGUGACUCAAGAGGACCUUCUCCUGGACAGCCCAGAGAAGACUUCACCAGAUGGGCCACUGGAGACUGCUCUGGACCACCUGAAGCUGGGCAGCAUCUUCACUUUCCGUGUGACGGUCCUGCAAGCCUCCAGCAUCUCUGCAGAAUAUGCAGACAUCUUCUGCCAGUUCAACUUCAUCCAUCGCCAUGAUGAGGCCUUUUCAACAGAGCCCUUGAAGAACACGGGACGGGGGCCACCCCUCGGUUUCUACCAUGUCCAAAAUAUUGCUGUGGAGGUGACCAAGUCCUUUGUUGAAUACAUCAAGAGCCAGCCGAUUGUAUUUGAAGUGUUUGGGCACUACCAGCAGCACCCCUUCCCACCCCUCUGCAAGGAUGUCCUGAGCCCCCUGAGGCCAUCCCGGCGCCACUUCCCCCGUGUGAUGCCACUCUCCAAACCAGUGCCUGCCACCAAGCUGAGCACCAUGACUCGGCCCAGCGCCGGCCCGUGCCAGUGCAAGUACGACCUGAUGGUCUUCUUUGAGAUCUGUGAGCUGGAGGCCAACGGCGACUAUAUCCCUGCUGUUGUGGACCACCGUGGAGGCAUGCCGUGCCAUGGGACCUUCCUCCUCCACCAGGGCAUCCAGAGGAGAAUCACUGUCACCUUGGUGCAUGAAACGGGCAGCCUCAUCCGCUGGAAGGAAGUGCGGGAGCUGGUUGUGGGUCGGAUCCGGAACACCCCAGAAGCAGAUGAGUCUCUCAUUGACCCCAACAUUCUGUCCCUGAACAUCCUCUCUGCUGGGUACAUCCACCCCUCCCAGGAUGACCGGACCUUCUACCAGUUUGAGGCGGCGUGGGACAGCUCCAUGCACAACUCGCUGCUGCUCAACCGGGUCACCCCCUACCGGGAGAAAAAAACUCUUUCCGCCUACAUCGAGAUGGAGAACUGCACGCAGCCUGCUGUCAUCACCAAAGACUUCUGCAUGGUUUUCUACUCCCGGGAUGCCAAGCUUCCUGCCUCCCGCUCCAUCCGCAACCUUUUUGGCAGUGGCAGCCUGCGGGCUUCUGAGAGCAACCGUGUGACAGGAGUCUAUGAGCUCAGCCUCUGCCGCGUGGCCGAUGCUGGCAGCCCAGGGAUGCAGAGACGGCGCCGGCGCGUGCUGGACACCUCCGUAGCCUACGUGCGGGGAGAGGAGAACCUGGCUGGCUGGAGGCCCCGCAGCGACAGCCUUAUCCUCGACCACCAGUGGGAGCUGGAUAAACUCAGCCUCCUGCAAGAAGUGGAGAAGACAAGGCACUAUCUGCUCCUGCGCGAGAAGCUGGAGACAACCCAGCGCCUGGGCCUGGAGACCCUGUUCCCCUGCUCCAGUGAGGACUCCGAGUCCCGAAGCACCUCCUGUGUCUCCUCCCCGCUCUCUGUCGACGGGGGCCCCGAGGGCCGCACCUCUCCCCCCGAGACCCCAAGCGAGAGGCAGAAGGAGCUGGCUGUGAAGUGCUUGCGCCUGCUCACGCACACCUUCAACAGGGAGUACAGCCACAGCCACGUCUGCAUUAGUGCCAGCGAGAGCAAGCUGUCUGAAAUGUCCGUGACCCUAAUGAGAGACCCCUCCAUGCCAGCUCUCGGGGUCACCACUCUCACCCCCUCCUCAACUUGCCCUUCAUUGGUGGAAGGAUGCUACAAUGCUAUGGAGGUCAGGCCCCACCAGGUCUCGUCCAGGGUGGACAGCCCUGACCUUGAACCUGUGGCAGAAGGAGAGCAAAAGAAGUCCCCAGCCUGCCGGCCUGAGGAGGAGAAGGAGCCCCAGCGUUUGCUGGUGCCUGACAUCCAGGAGAUCCGGGUCAGCCCCAUCGUCUCCAAAAAGGGCUACUUGCACUUCCUGGAGCCCCACACCAACGGGUGGGUGAAGCGCUUCGUGGUGGUGCGGCGCCCCUACGUCUACAUCUACAACUCGGACAAGGACGCGGUUGAGAGGGCCAUACUCAACCUCUCCAAGGCCCAGGUGGAGUACAGCGAGGACCAGCAGGCCAUGCUCAAGACCCCGAACACGUUUGCGGUGUGUACGGAGCACCGGGGCAUCCUGCUGCAGGCGAGCAGUGACAAGGACAUGCACGACUGGCUCUACGCCUUCAACCCUCUCCUGGCUGGGUCUAUAAGAUCCAAGCUGUCCAGAAGGAGAACAGCCCAGAUGAGAAUCUAACCUGAAAAAACACCCUCCACCUCAUCCGUCUGCCAACAGGAUCAAGAUAGCUGAUUCUGUCUUCAAGACUCCCAUGUUAACAUCUGAUCUCUCACACCGUCUGCUGCCCCAGCUGUCUGCUCCAUGGAAGGAUCUGUCUCGAUUCACACCUUCACAGGGGAAACUCACUUCCAUUCAUAGCUGCAAAAGCCUGGACCUGCCUGGGCAGAAUUUCUUGUGCGCAUGUCAUCUUCUGCCCACUCCCCAUCCCCCAUGGGUGACCGUCAUGUCGCUCCAGAAAGGUCCCUGUUGGAGAGGAGGGAGUGAGGAGGGGAGUUUUGGCUGAAAGCUGGUCUUUUGAUCUACAGAGGUGGGAGUGUGGUGAAGCUCGGAGGUGGGAAAGCAGUAGGAAUUGCCUCUGUGUAAAGGGAAAGUGGUAGUU